AUGUACUCUCCUGACAGUGAAGCUGAAGGCGAGCCCUCCCGGAGCUCGACGCCUGAGUCAAUUGAUUUUGCGGCCCAAGAGGAGAUGGACUUCUUCUGCAAAAACUUGUUUGACGUAUUCCCGGAAGACCCCGCCGACGAGCAAGAAUCGGUCGACGAUGCUUCGUUUGAGAGCGUCAUCAAGAGCUUAGGGCGCAUUCAACUUCGUGGCGAGCAAGGGAUAGGCCUCCAGGGUGAGCUCUCCGACUUGCUAGAGAUGUGUCAGCAGGUGUACGAUGAAACGUUAUUGCACUCACCUACGAAAAAGCAACAGCAGGCGAUUAAGGAAAUCUUUGACGCAAUCUCCACGAUUUACAACAACACUCAACCCCACGGAAUCUACGUGCAAUACCACUACCGCAAGCUCAAGAAGGACGUUGAGAAGUUGUUCGAAACUCUGUCAUAG